CUCUGUUCACGAUCGCGUUGAAUACAUCCGGGCUCAAAAGUAUGCUGGACGCACCACGAUAUAACCCUGGUUGACCCUUCUCGGUAAUAGGGCCAGAGAGAACGCAUGUUGGCUCAGGGUAGGCCUCGCGGCCUCCGCCUGCGCUAUGGGUGCUCCUCCACAGGCCAGCAGCGACGUCUGCUAAAUCAUUUCAUCUCCAAAGCACCCGAACCAGAACCCACCCAACCACCACCACCACCCCCAUCCCCAACCCCCACCCGCUUCACCCUCGCCGUAAAAGACAACAUCGCAACCACCUCCCACCCGACAACAUGCGCCUCCGCCUUCCUCACAACCCACCGCUCCCCCUUCGAAGCCACCAUCGUGACCCAACUCCGCGCGCGCGGCGCCCGCCUCGUCGGCAAGACCAACCUCGACGAGUUCGGCAUGGGCAGCCACAGCGUCCACUCCGCCGCGGGCGCCGUCUCCCAAUCUCAGAAUGAACCAAUAUCCUCCGGCGGCUCCUCCGGCGGCAGCGCCGUCGCCGUCGCCGCGGGCGAGGCGGACCUCGCGCUGGGGACCGACACGGGCGGGUCGGUGCGGCUGCCGGCGGCGUACUGUGGCGUGGUUGGGUUCAAGCCGUCGUAUGGCAUGCUCUCGCGCUUUGGGGUCGUGCCGUAUGCGAACUCGCUGGAUACCGUGGGGUUGUUGGCCAGGGGGGUGGGGAUGAUUAGGGGGUUGGUCGUUGGUGGGGCAACAAAAAAGGGGUUGUGGGGGGAGGGGGACCCGAGGGAUCCGACCAGUUUGUCAGAGGGGGCGAGGGGGAGGUGUGUGGCUGGGAGGGAGGGGUAUGGUGGAGUUAUUGAUGGGGGGGAGAGGGAGGGGAGGGAGGUGUUGAGGGGAGUCCGGUUCGGGAUUCCGUUGGAGUACAACAUCGAGGAGCUGGACCCCGGGAUACGGAAUGCGUGGGCCAAGGCGGCAAACACACUCCAGCACGAGUUCGGUGCGCGCGUGGUGCCCGUGUCGCUGCCCUCGACCAGACACGCGCUGGCGGCGUACUACGUCAUCGCCCCCGCCGAGGCGUCGUCCAACUUGGCCAAGUACGACGGCGUGCGGUACGGAACGAGGGACUCCGACGCCGCGAGCGAUGCCGCUGGCGGGGUGCUCUAUGCUGCGAGCCGCGGUAAGGGGUUCGGCGACGAGGUGAAGCGGCGCAUCCUGCUCGGCUCGUACACACUGAGCUCCGAGGCCAUGGACAACUACUUCAUCAAGGCGCAGCGGGUGCGCCGGCUGGUGCGCAAGGACUUCAACCGCGUUUUUGCCCUCGACAACCCGCUCCAUGAGAGAGAGACGUUCGACCUUACCGACCUAGACGAGAGCAUCGAGAUGGAGGACAAAUGGGGCCCUGAAGAGGUGGACUUCCUGCUCUGCCCGACAGCCCCGACGCUCGCCCCGAAACUAGCGGAUGUCAUGAAGCAGACGCCGCUGGAUGCUUACAUGAACGACGUGUUUACAGUGCCCGCGAGCUUGGCAGGGCUGCCGGCUAUCAGCAUACCGAUGCCGGUUGCGUCGGAGGCAGCAGGGGAUGUUGCAGGAAAGUCCGGCGCGGCGGGCCUGCAGCUCAUCGGGCAGUACUGGGAUGACGCCCGGCUGCUUGCGGUCGCGGAUGCCGUAAUGAACACCCUGCAGAGUGUGACCCCAAGGUGAUCACGGCAGCACCGUCAACAUCGGGUAACCCAGUGUGCCCAGCCAUGCUUGCUAAGAUGGAUCGUAGCAUGAUAUGUGUAUGACCAUCACAUACGGGGAUCAUUGGCGGCGAUGAUGAGAGAAAGGCCAUGCAAGGUCUUCCCUUGGG